AUGGCUUGGGCUCUGGUCACGCCGUCGUCACGAGGCAUCGGGUUCGCCUUGACGCGACAUCUCCUUCGGACGUUGCCUGCGAGCGUCCCGGUCGUGGCGACGGCGCGGUCCAACGUGUCCGAAACGAAAGAGAAGAUACUCUCGUCGCUGGACGUGUCGGGUGACCAGGCGGCGCGUCUCGACGUGCGCGAAUGCGACGUCCUGUCGGAGUCUUCCAUCGCGCGCCUGGCGCAGCAGUGCAAGGAAGAAUACAACGAUCGAGCGCGAAACAAGGCGGCGCAUCUGCGUCUCGCAUUCGUGAUCCCCGGCAUGCUGGUCCCCGAGAAAGCUCCGGACAAGGUCGACUACGACGCCGCGUUGCAGACGGUGAAGAUGAAUCUGAUCGCGCCAAUGAUGCUGGUCAAGCACUUUUCACAAUUCUUACCGCGGAAAUCGGCGACCAUUGUCGAACAUGAUGGUGACGACGACGACGACGGAGGGAACGACAGUGUCGACGGUACGGGUGGUGGCGGUGGUGAUGGUCGGAGGAGGAGGAGUCGUCGUCUUCUUCCACGCUCGGCCGUGUUGGCGCUCAUGAGUGCCAGGGUCGGAUCGAUCGGGGAUAAUCGUCUGGGUGGAUGGUACAGCUAUCGGGCUUCAAAAGCUGGCUUGAAUCAGUUCGUCAAGUCGACAGACAUCUACCUGAAGAUGCAGAGUGCGGAAAACGCCAUGUGCGUCGGUCUUCAUCCCGGGACGGUCAAGACGAGUCUGAGUGAGGAGUUUUGGCAGAGCACGCCCAAGGAGAAAUUGUUCAGUCCGGAAUUCAGCGCGGAGAGACUGAUUGAUGUCGUUGUCAACCACUUGAAGGAAGAUGGGCGAGGGAAGUGUUGGGACUGGGAUGGGAAAGAGAUUCCUCCUUGA